AUGAAGUCUGCCAUAUUCUCCCUGGCUCUCGCCACCAAGCUCGCCGCUGCAAACCCCAUCGAGGCCCGUCAAGCCCCGGACGCACCUGCCUUCACCCAGGCCGCCGACGCCCUCAUCUCGGCCUACAUCCCGGAGGGCCAGUGGAGCUCCUUGACCUCGGCCUUCGGUUCCGCCGCCAGCGCAGCCGGCGUCACUGGGGACGUUAAGUCCUACGUCUUCUCUGUCCUCAAGGCCACCAGCACCCCGGACUGGUUCCUCGCCGCCAUCCCCACUGCCUACGUCAGCCAGUACGCCGCGUUGGAGUCUGCCAUUGAGAGCCUCCGCCCUACUGCCGCCGCUGCUACUCCCGUACCCACCGUCAUCGCCGUCACCACCACCGACAGCGAGGGCAACACCAUCACCACCAGCCUCUCUGCUACCAUCACGCCCGUCCCGACCACCAUCACCACUGACCUGGUGCCCACGCUUUCCCCCAGUGUUAUUACCGGCACCGACUCCGCCGGCAGUGCCUUCACCUCGACUGUCCUGAACACCAGCAAUGAUGGUGACACCACCGCUACCGCGACUGUCACCGAAACUGCUGCCACCGAGACAGAGACCGCGACCGGCACCGCUUCCGCGACUGAGUCUCCUGAGCCUACUGGAACUGACGCCUCCGGCACCGCCCCCGCCUCCACUGAUGCCCCCAACGCUGCGCCGACUGUCAUGGUCAACGCCUUCGCCGGUUUUGCCGCCAUUAUCGGUUUUGUCAUGGCCCUCUAA